AUGGACGCCCUAAAAACGAAAUCCUCUGCCUUCUCCGCGUCGUCGUCCGGUGGUGGAAAUAAUAAUAAUAACGGUGGGAGUAAAAUAGGUCUCGUCCACGGCUUAAAACUGGUCUUCGAUGCGGUCUCGACGCAUUCCGCCGACGGGUUCGCCGUCAACUUGAACCAAAUCAAACGAGACGUGACGUACGUGUCGUUUUUGGCGAUAUCGUGCUUUGGGUUUGCCUCGGUCGCCGGGACGGAGGUGAUUAGCUUGAGCAAGAAACGAGCCGAGGCGUCGAAGGCGAUUCGAGAGUGCUCGACGAUGUUGGAUUUGAACACGUUGGAUAAAGAGGAAGGAGGGAAGAAUACGUUGGCGAAGAAGUCGAAGAAGAAAAAGAAAGGACCGAGAGGCGCGACGGAUGCGCAGUUUUGGCAAGAGCUGAAAUAUUUACUCCGAAUUGCGUUCCCGACGCCCACGUGUCGAGGGUCUCAACUCCUUUCCGCGCAGUUUUCGUUGCUCGUCAUGCGAACGCUGUUGACCGUUCGGGCGAAUAAAGUCAACACGUUUUACUUGACGAAAGCGAUCGCGACCGCGGAUUGGAAGUUUUGGGUGAGGUGGUAUUGGAACUUUAUCGGAUGGAUGACGUGUGGAGUUGUCGUGAAUUCUGGGCUCAGGUAUACGGAGUCGUUGAUUCAGGUGGAGUUAAGGUCGGCGCUGACGAGAAGAGCGCACGAAAAGUACAUGAAGCUGAACAAUUUUUACAAGACGGCGGUGUUGAGGGAAGGUGGCUUGGAACACGUGGACCAACGGAUCGUGGCGGAUAUUAACGAGUUCAGUCGAGAGGCGGCAUUUUUGUACGGACACAGCUUUAAACCGAUUUUGGAGUUUACGUUGUCGUUGACGGAAGCGGCGAAGGAGUUGGGGUAUUCUCGACCUUUGGCGUUGUUCGCGAGUCAAAUUUUCAUCACCGGGACGUUACGGGCGAUGUCGCCAAAAUUAGGCCCGAUGGUUGCCAGAGAAGCCGCGUUGGAAGGUGGAUUCCGACACCAGCACGCGCGAUUAAUCGCACACGCGGAAGAGAUUGCGUUGCUAAAGGGAGGCGAACGCGAAAAGGAUUUGUUGAACGCCGGGUUGGAUAAUUUAGUCACCACGCAAAGGUGGCACGCGUUGCAAAGAGUUCGAAAGUCUGUGGCAGAUAACAUUUCCAAGUUUCAAGGUUUAUUAGUUGGAAGCGUGUUCGUGCACGUGCCGUUUAUGGCGAAGCGGGGUAUGGGCGAAGGCGAACGGAUUUCCACGUUUCGAGCGACGGAGGAGUUGAUGUUGAGAAGCGGCGGCGCGUUUACGGAAGUUUUGUUGUUGGGUAAGAAUUUGGACGAAAUGGCAGGAUACGCGCACAGAUUAGGAGAGUUGUUUCACACGUUAGAUAACGCAGAGAAAGAAUCGUUAGCGAUGGAAAAGAAAGCGAAAGAGGAGAAGAUGUUAGCAGCGUUACCCGCAGGAGAAGGAGAGAAGGAAAAAGCUGCGCAAACGUCGAUUCGGUUCGAUAAAGUCUCCGUCGGUGCUCCCGAACCUGACGGUUCUACGCGCAUUUUACUCAAAGACCUGUCCUUAGAAAUCAGACGAAACGAACAUUUAUUGAUCACCGGACCGAACGGGUGCGGGAAAACGUCGUUGCUUCGCGUGUUGGCGGGAUUGUGGGAGCCGGUUUCGGGCGCCGUGACGAAACCAGCGGCUGAUGAGUUUUCGAUGAUGUGGUUGCCGCAACGCCCGUACUUAUCCCAAGGCUCUUUGAGAGACCAAGUGGUAUAUCCAGCCAACACGAAAAAAGCGCGCGUGGACGAUGAAUACGUCAAAGAGUGCUUGCGAAGAGCCGGUUUAGGUAAAUUCAUCGAGGGCGAUUACGCGUUAGGAUUAGGCAUGCGACAUUUGGAAUGGAACGAUGUGUUAUCUGGAGGCGAACGACAACGCAUUGGAUUCGCGAGAUUGUUUUAUCACAACCCCAAGUUUGCUAUUUUAGACGAAGCGACGAGCGCGAUAAACCCAGAUCACGAGGCGGAGUUGUAUAAAGAGGUGUGCUCGAGCGGCACGACCAUUGUCUCCAUCGCGCAUCGAUUAGAGUUGAGAAAGUUCCACGCGAACGAAUUAAAAAUCAAAGGCGACGGGAAAGGUGGGUAUGAAGUUUCUAAAUUGAAGUAG